UCAGAAAUUUCAUUUCCUUCCUAUUAAACAUGUUAACAGACGCAUCUUCGGACAACGAUAAGAUACAGAGAAGAUUACAAUGCACCGUCUACCUUGUUUUGUCAUCUCACUUCUGUAUUACGUUCUUUUUAAAGAAAAUCAGGCAUAUCGUAAUCUUGUUGUUCCCGGCCUAACAACUGCAACCCAAAGCUCUACCUAUCUAUAUUUUUCCGCCGACAGGAGCAUUGACGGUUAUCCAGACAGGCUGAAAUUGUCUAACGGUUCUUGUUCACACACAGGGUCAAGCUGGACAAAUGCUUGGUUAAGGAUAGACCUAGACAAGGUUUACAACGUGAAGGAAGUAAAGUUCUGGUAUCGAAAUCAUCGAAGUAACGUUUUGCAGAAUACAAUAAGAUUGCACUACUACUCGCUGUUGUUCUACAAUAUGUCUGGGAGCCCGGUAGAAUGUUACAGAGAUAAUACAAACUACAGUACACCAAUCCCUAUGCCAUUCACUGUUGAAUGCCCAAGUAAAACUAGAACCAUCGAGUUCCACACUACUCAGCCGAACCCUGAAGACGGUGGGCAAGUCUUCUUAGAAAUUUGUGAAGUGGAAAUUUACGGUUGCGAACAAAAUCAGUACGGAGAAAAUUGCACUAGUUGUAGCAACAAGUGUACAGAAUGCGACAUAACAAAAGGCUGUGUAUCAUGUCAAGGACAGUUAUCCGGAAGCUCCUGCGAGUUAUGUCCACCCGGGUACAUGGAAAGCAACUGCGACACUGCUUGUGCAGCUGGUUGGUAUGGCAACAACUGUAGUAUGGAAUGCAGUGGCCACUGUUUUGAUGAUAAUAAUACCUGUUUUCAUAAGAACGGAAGUUGCCUAAGUGGGUGUACCCCUGGAUACACAGGGUCCAAUUGUUCUGAAGAAUGUCCUUUCGGGACUUUUGGACCACAAUGCAAAAGUACCUGUGGAGAUGGUUGCAAGGAUAAGGUGUGCCAUUCCGUCACAGGAAAUUGUGCGUUGGGUUGUAUCAAUGGGCGGAUUGGUGACACGUGCGACGAAGAAUGUCCUUUCGGGACUUUUGGACCACAAUGCAAUAGUACCUGUGGAGAUGGUUGCAAGAAUAAGGCGUGCCAUUCCGUCACAGGAAAGUGUGUCUUGGGUUGUAUCGAUGGAAGGUUCGGUGGCACGUGCGACGAAGAAUGUCCUUUUGGGACUUUUGGACCGCAAUGCAAUAGUACCUGUGGAAAUGGUUGCAAGGAUAAGCUGUGCCAUUCCGUCACAGGAAAGUGUGCCUUGGGGUGUAUCGAUGGGUGGAUCGGUGACACUUGCGACGAAGUGUGUCGUGAAGGCAAUUUUGGAGCGGGAUGCUUGGUGAAAUGUGGUAGAUGUGUAAACAACACGUGUGAUCACGUGAACGGCUCGUGCAGUGGACCAUGUCAGGACGGCUGGGAGGGGGAAAGGUGUCUACUGGCUAAAGAUGAUUUAGAAUCGCCUCUCAAACGUUCCUACAGUUUUUUAUUGGAAGCAGUGGCUGGAACAGGAGCAUUGGUGGCUGUUGUAGUUGUAUCUGCUAUCUUAUUUUUUUGGAUGCGACAUAAAAAGACUCACUUCAUUGGAAAAAAAUCUGCACAUGCUGAUGAAAAAGAUCUUGAACAAGAAAUGUCCCUACACCCUGAAACAAGCGGGAUAUACGAGAAUCAGGACGUUUUUUCGAGCUCAGCAGAAAGACGAAAUAGCUCUACACAAGAACUGUCUAACAAUCUCACGGACCGAGAAAUGUACGAAGUACUAAACCAAGAUGAAAGAUCAACAGAAGAGUAUGAUACCUUGUCCAACAAUCACACGGACCAACCAAUGUACGAAAUGAUAAACAAAGGUGAAAGAUCAACAGAAGAGUAUGAUACUUUGGAAUUAUAAGGACAUUUAAAAACGAGAAAUACAUGCAUUAAAGUAAAAUGCCAAUUCAUUAGAGAGAGAGAGAGAGAGAGAGAGAGAGAGAGAGAGAGAGAGAGAGAGGGGUUUGAUUGUGACGUCAUCAUUGGUAUUUAUGUGAAUGCAGUGAGCACUUAUCAAUGUUGCACAAGAGUAUGCAAAAGUCAUAGUCUUAAAAAUCUGACAAAGUCUGGAAAAUGGAUCUAUUUCUUCUUUUUUAUUUUGUGUUUUUAGUAUCUUGUUAAUACAAUAAUUUGACUAUCAACAGCCUUAUUGGGGCAUAUUUGUAACUAAUUAUAUUUUUAUAAGUAUAUAACUGCUAUCAUGGUAGGAUUUUUCUUAUUUUUGGCUGAAUAAUUGUUCACAUAUUAGAGAUGUUCAUAUUACUUUAAUUUUUGAUAAUUAAUGUCAAAAAUACCAGCUGUCAAACAGUCAUUUUACAACAAAAUGUUGCAUACAGGGUACUCCUAUACUCCGACUAAUUCAUUCUAUGAUCAUCACAAUUUAAUUUUUUUUUGUUUUGCAGUUCAACUUACAAAUAUUGUGUAUUUUGUUGGUUUUUUGUGAAUUUGUGAUAAAAAUAACAGCUAUUUAAUUCGAAUAAAAUAAAUCAUACCUUGAUUAAAUUUUUAUAAUGGCGAAAAUACACCGAAUAGGCAUGGAUACGUAUACUUAACAAUGCAAUCGAUCAAUAAUAGGGUUAUUUUUUAUAAUCGAUUACUAGUAUUCCUCGAUAACACUCAUUUUUACCUUAAAAUCGAUUGUAAUUGAUUACUUUAUAACAUUUAUUACUUUAUAAUCGACUACCAUUUUUAUAAAAUCAUUAAAAUGUGAAUGAAUCUUCCUCUGAACACAUUGUAUACACUCUUCAAGUUGGUUUGGUUUUAAGGUUAAAGAGGUUCGCUCUUUAGGUUUUGGGUAGCCAUUUCAGAUCACCUCUAGUCUGAAAAUUCUGCAUCACAUAUUAAUUGUAGUAGUAUAUUUAUAUUUUAGAAUGCCAAAUAAAUUAUAUUGAAUGAAAUUGUCUUUUAAAAACGCAUUUGUACCGAGUUUAGUAAGGGACUAUUUUUUGUGCCGGAAGUUUUCAAGAAGGAAAUGGACAAUUUUCAUAACCCACUAGUUUUAGAGGACUGUUUUUUAAGCUUCCUAAUUUAUAGCGCAGACCAAACUUCUAGAUAGUUUGUGUAUUAAGAUAUACUUAUUGAUGUUCUAAAAAACAUAUUUAAUCAAUAUGUUGAUAUUUCUAUCGAUACUUUUUGGCAUAUUUUUCCUAUAUUUCAUUCAAAUAAAGAAAAAUAUUUUCCAAUUUUGGCCUAAGUUGAGCUUAUUUCAUGCUAUAUCCCAUACAUGUAUUUUUGAGAUGUGACCCCUACUUGUUUUACAUUUAAAUGAGACAUUAAAUAUAUGUCGAUUUGUAACACUUGUUGCUGUGUUUAUUAUGUAUUGGCAGUAGAAGCCACCAGUGAGGGAAGAAUUUUAAACUUUGACGUAGAUUUUACUCUUAGAUUUACUACAUGUGUUCAACUUCAUACUAUGUUAAAACCAUUACUAAAUAAUAGUUCAAACUAUAAAUAUUUGUUUGAUUUCUUCAAAUUACGAAUUUCUAUGUCCCAUUUUAGCAAACAUUGUAUGAAGAAUAUCAUUUCUGUUUGGAGCUCAAUAUUGGAUUUUUGGAUCCUUAAAAUUUUAAAAUUGGCACGUGGUAUGGGUUACAAAUCAAAAAAAUAAACAUUAUAGGUCCUAUUCUAUAUAUCCAAGUGGUUUCCGGAUGAUUGAAAUUACUAUAAUUUCAGUUGCCAACCUCCUUAAAGAUGUAUUUUGAUUAUGAAAGAAUGAUAAUUUGAGACUUUGUAUUUCAAUCUUGAUAAGAUGAUAUUUCAUAAUUUCUAAUACUAGUACAUGUACGUGUGUUAAUUCAAAUGUAAAAUUAUAAGCAAUUUAGAAAACUCAGUCUUUUAAAUUUUGUAAACGAUUUUUUUUGGAAAUUUACAGGAGAAAUCUUAACCUCUCAACUUCAGCCAUCGUUCUGUUUUUAUUAUUUUCUUGAAAUUAAAAUUUCAUUGAAAUUUUAUUAUUAAAAUAGUAUGGCAAUAUGCAAUGAAUUUUGAGGGAACCUUGCUUCAUGAUUUGAAUAAAUUGUUCUUUAGCUUGUAAUCAUGGUACAUGUAAUUGUUCUAAUAUAUACGACACAGAAACAAGCUCUCAAUUCCCGCGAUGAGGCAUCUGUUUUGUGUGUUUCGUGUAUAUUUUCUCAACAUUUCAGUGAAUACGGCGAUUCUUAAACUUAUUAGUUUUUGUUUCUUAUAUGCUUAGGUAAAUGGAUAUAAAUGUCUAAACUUUACUAUCAUAUUAUUCAAAAAAUAAUCAGACUUUGUUAG